GUACUACUCUGAAGAUCGUUGCUGAGGGCCCCAACCCAUUCCCCUGACUGUCUGAUUCCAGUAUCUUAAUCUUCAUACUUCAUCGAAAUUUUCCAUUCCCCGGUUCUCGGAUUCUGUCCUCAUCAUCGUCUUAAUGCUUCCCCUCUCGGGCACAAUGGCCUACUUCUCAAAGUUCACGCAGAAUAAAAGUCUCCAGAAGGACCAAUACUCAGCAGUUCGAACAUCGGAAGACAGUUCUUCCAAAGAUGGGUUUCUCGAGAAAGGACAAAUCUUGUACCGAGAAGAACCUACAUUAUGGCAACGGUACAGAACAAUGAUCUUCGUCCAGCUGGCGAUUUUAGGAGGGUGGACUCUGGUCAUGUAUUUUGUGGCGCGUGAGAUUCGGGGACUGGCUAUUCAUGGGCCGGACUUGAUUCAUUCUAUCGCGAUCGAUGCCGUGUACUGGGAAGAGAAGAAAUUCACGUUAGGAGACAGGAUACAGGAGAGCAGUAUUUACUCGGGAAGACCUACUCCAGCACUAGAUAAAGCAUGGCAUGAUCUGCUGAACUCUGAAAACAUUCGUGUGGAGCCAGAAGUGAUGAAAAGACUUGGUCGAGAGGAUAUCGGAGUGCGCAUACCCGGAGAUGAUGGCUUCAUCGGAACCCUCAAUGUUUACCAUGAGAUUCACUGUCUGAAACGACUUCACCAGUAUAUGUAUCAAGAAUACUACUGGCCUGAUCUUGACGAUGCUGAAAGAGAGCUGAAUCGGCUCCACAAUGAGCAUUGCAUAGACUUCUUACGACAAAGUGCUAUGUGCCAUGGCGAUGUGGGCUUGAUCACUUUCGAAUGGUCUCCAACAAAUCUCAUCCCCAUUGCCAAUGGUACGACUCAUCAGUGCGUCAAUUGGCAGAAGUUGGAUGAAUGGACAAAUGAGAGGACGCUUGAUAUGAUGCAACCAGGGUGGCUAGUUCAUCCCACUUUGGGUCCUGCCUACCCUGCUGGUGAAGGCGAUAGAAUUGGAGCAGCUACAGGUCACGUUCAUGAUCCUUGAUUUUCUCACGCGGU